UUUUGACUUUUUGCCGUGAAGCAAAAUACUCGAGUCGAGAAUAUCAUCAAGCUAUCGGAAACUAGUAACUUAAUUUAGGUCUUUUGAAUUUAGUGGGAUAACAUAAAAGUUUGUUUCGAAAGUAGCCUUCCUGUUUUUCUCUAGGACUAGGCCUUUCCAGUGUCAACUCGGUAGCAAGUUUAUCCACCACAAUGGCAUCGGCAACCCCCGUGGUUAUUGCUGCCACAGCCAAACAGACCGCUACGUUAAUCUUUCUCCAUGGGCUGGGAGACACAGGGCAUGGUUGGGCCACUGCGAUGACAGAAAUCCGUCAGCCCUACAUGAAAGUCAUCUGUCCUACAGCUCCGACGAUGCCGGUGACGCUCAACAGUGGGUUCAGGAUGCCGUCGUGGUUCGACCUCAAGUCUCUGGAGGCGUCCGGACCGGAGGAUGAGGUGGGGAUCAAGAAGGCUGCGGAGAAUAUCCACGCACUUAUAGAGUCUGAGGAGAAAAACGGCAUCCCUAGUGACAGGAUCCUUCUGGGGGGCUUCUCACAGGGUGGUGCUCUUGCCCUAUACUCGGCUCUGACCUUCCCCAAGAAGCUGGCCGGAGUCAUGGCUCUGUCGUGUUGGCUCCCUCUACACAAGUCAUUCCCAUCGGUGUUAAACGCCGCCAACAAGGACACACCGAUAAUACAGUGCCACGGUGACUGUGAUCCGAUCGUUCCUUACAAGUGGGGUCAGCUGACUGCGUCCAUCCUCAAAACUCUGGUCAAGAGUGCUGAGUUCAAGACGUACAGGGGCAUGAUGCACAGUUCCUCUGAAGAGGAGCUGCAAGAUCUGAAAGGAUUCGUGGAGAAAGUGCUGCCCAGCAAGUGAGAUGUGCCAAAAACAAUUACCUCUCCGUUUUGUUAUGUCAAAUCGUUAUUUAAAUAUGGCCCCAAAAAGCACUAAAAUCAAAUUACCUAGCAAAGCUUGAAAUCUGAUUCUAUAUUUUAUUUAUGAUGACAAGAUUUCACACUUCGAGAGUUCGUCACAGACAUUCCUACGAGGAGAGUAAUCUCCAGAACUUGUAUAUUUAGCAUGGAAAUGUGUUGUUAAAUACAAUUAGGGUUACAGAUUACCCUAGAUUCUGCAUUUUGAAUCGUAUAGAGUAUUCAACUAUAGAUACUCCUCCUUCUAGUCCUAAUAAUUAUAAGGAAAUUAAAUUUCUGUUAGAAUAAAUUUUAGCAUAAGUGUUCUUAAUUGGAUGUCCACUGAACGGCAUUUAGCAAUACUUGGCCAAAUACAGCGUUUAUUAACCCAA